CCUUCCCAUCAGCCCCUGUGGUCAGAGGUCAUGUUGAGCUGAGGCUGGGGGCGGAGACCACCCUGACCUGCCAGGUGUCUGAUGUUUACCCCCCUGAGCUGCUGACCCUCACCUGGCUCAGAGGAGACACUAUCCUGAAGAGCAUUAUAGGAGAUUCUGGAUCCAGCUCAGUGCAGUCUGAGUACAGGUUCACUCCUCUGAACCAGGACUCAGGAGGAAACAUCAGUUGCAGGGCCACGAUGGACCUGCACAACCUGCCUGUUGAGGACAGGACCAGAGAGACCACCGUCCCCCUAAACCUGCUGUAUGCUCCUGUUGUCACGGCGAUAUCAGACCCUGGGUUGUUGAUGGUCGGUUCUCCGCUCACUCUCACCUGUUCUGUGGAGGGAAACCCAGAGCCGAACAUCACCUGGAGCCUCAGGACGGCAGCUGGUCGGUCUGUUCUGCAGGGUCGAGGACAUCAGCUGGUCUUCACAGCGGUGAGUCUGUCUGACACUGGACGCUACGAGUGCGAGGCCCGAAACAGCGAGGGAAACAAAACCACCGAAGUGGAAAUCAUUGUUCAUGGUCCGCCCACUAACACCUCCCUCUCAGUGAGUCCAGGUGAGGAGGUGGUGGAGGGUCAGCAGGUGACGGUUACCUGCCGCUCAGACGGAGCCCCGCCCCCCACGCUGGUGCUGAGGAGAGAGGGGGAGGAGCUUCAGAGGACUGACCCCGCCUCCUCCACGCUCUCCUUCAGCCUCUCCUCCGCCCUACUGGAAGACUCCGCCCACUACCAGUGUGAAGCCUCCAACCAGUACGGAUCCCAACUGGUUACCAGCUCCCUCACUGUCACUG